AUGGCCUCUUGUGUUUCUCUAUGCACUAGCAUCCCUCUUUUUACCUCCUCUUUCUUUCCUUCCUUCCCAAAGCCACAUCAAGUUUCCAUAAUAAAAAAGCCAAACCAUCACUAUAUUCCCGUUGUUUCUUGCAAAUCAGGCACAACUGAUGAUGAACAAAACCCUGCCACUAGAAGAGAUGUCCUCAUUGGUCUCGGAGGACUCUAUGGAGCAACUAGUCUUGGCGAUCCAUUUGCCUACGCUAAACCAAUUGAAGCCCCCGAGUUAACCCAAUGCGAGCUAGUUGAUUUGCCCAGCAAAGAGGACCCCUCGAACUGUUGCCCUCCAACAACCACAAAGAUCAAAGACUUCAAAUUCCCUUCUUCAUCGUCCCCAAUGCGCAUUAGGCGUGCUGCUCAUUUAGUUGAUGCUGCCGACGUAGCUAAAUACGCCAAAGCCAUAGCACUGAUGAAAAGUCUUCCUGACGACGAUCCACGUAGCUUCAAGAACCAAGCCAACGUUCAUUGCGCUUAUUGUAAUGGUGCUUAUCACCAAGCUGGGUUUCCAGAUUUAGAUCUUCAAAUCCACUUCUCCUGGCUCUUCUUUCCCUGGCAUAGAGCCUAUUUAUACUACUUCGAAAGAAUCUUGGGUAAACUGAUUAAUGAUCCAACUUUCGCUUUGCCUUUUUGGAAUUGGGAUGCCCCUCCCGGCAUGCAAAUUCCAGCCAUCUUCAAUGACCCGAAAUCACCACUUUAUGACCCGAUUCGCGACCCGAAUCACCUACCUCCGACAUUGCUUGAUCUUAAUUACAACAAAGGAGAUCCCAAUCCGGACCCUACAAAACCAGAUGAAUUGUAUGCAAGCAAUUUUAAUGUAAUGUAUAGGCAAAUGGUGUCUGGUGCCAAGAAGCCUACUCUGUUUUUCGGAAAACCAUAUCGUGCUGGUGAUAAUCCAAGUCCUGGAAUGGGUACAAUUGAGACUACUCCACACACACAGCUUCACAUAUGGACCGGCGACCCCAGACAACCUAAAGGGGAAAAUAUGGGUAAUUUCUACUCAGCUGGGAGAGAUCCCAUAUUUUAUUGUCAUCACUCAAAUGUUGACCGAAUGUGGUCUAUAUGGAAGACAAUACCUGGAGGCAAUCGAAGGGAUAUCAAGGAUCCUGAUUGGCUCAAUUCAGAGUUUCUUUUCUGGGAUGAGAACAAAGAACUGGUCCGAAUUAAGGUUAAAGAUACUCUGGACACCAAAAAGCUAAGAUAUGACUAUCAAGAUGUUCCUCUUCCUUGGCUAAAAGCCAAACCAACACCAAAGAUAAAAAGGAAGGAAAAAUCACCCUCUGUAUUAACACCAGUUAGUGCAUUCCCUCUUGUCCUGGAUAAAGUCAUAAAUGUGGAGGUUUCAAGGCCCAAGAAAUCAAGAAGUGCAAAGGAGAAAGAAGAUGAGGAUGAAGUUUUGGUGAUUAAAGGGAUUGAGUAUGAUAAAAAUGAAUUGAUUAAGUUUGAUGUCCUCGUCAACGAUGAGCCUGAUUCAGCUGGUAAACCUGGCACGACUGAGUUUGCAGGAUGUUUCGUUAAUGUGCCUCAUAAGCAUGCAAAAAGGUCGAAGACAAAUUUGGUAUUGGGGAUAACAGAAUCGUUGGAAGAUUUGGCAGCUGAGGGUGAUGAUACCCUUAUAGUGACUUUGCUGCCAAGGAAGGGUGGUGAUCUUGUUACCAUUGGUGGUGUCAGUAUUGAGUAUGUUGCAGAAUGA